AUGGCCUCUCCAAGGACAAUAACUAUUGUGGCCCUUUCAUUUGCUCUCGGUUUGUUUUUCGUAUUCAUGGGAACCAUUAAGCUCACUCCAAGACUGAGCAAGGAUGCAUACAGUGAAAUGAAAAGGGCGUACAAGAGCUAUGCCAAGGCUUUGCCGGGCCUAAAAAAGGUUGGCAUCAGCUCAGUCCUGCUUCGUAAGAUCAUUGGUUCUCUGGAGGUGGGCUGCGGUGUGGUUCUGACCCUGGUCCCCGGUAGACCGAAAGACGUGGCUAACUUUUUGCUGCUGCUAGUCAUGCUGGCUGUCCUCUUCUUCCACCAGCUUGUAGGAGACCCCCUGAAACGUUAUGCCCAUGCUCUAGUCUUUGGUAUUUUGCUCACCUGCCGACUGCUCAUUGCCCGCCAGAGUGAUGACCGGCCAGAGAGGGAGGAGAGCAGGGAGGAGCAGCACAUAAAUGACCAGGAAAAGAACAAGGUCAAGCAGUCCUAA